AUGGCCAUUGACGUGGAUAACGACGGGAAGGUUGGCUGUGCUUACUAUAUCGCCAUGGAUGAAGCAUUGGUGCUCGAAGAGGACAUCUCAAUGGGAGGGGUUGAAGCUGUCGACACGCUUCUGCUUCAAGUUCAACCGACCUCAGUCAUCAUACCGAACAGAGCACCCGGUGACCUGAUUGAACUGCUUGAGAGGGAUGCGCACCGCUUUGACGACAACGAGAGUUCAUGCAGCGGGCAAGGGGCAUACGUCCUGCGACACAUCGUCUCCGCCCAUUUCGACUAUGAAGCUGGAAAGGAAGCGUUGGCGAAAGUCGACCAGGCGCCGUCAAAACCUGACCCGAUAAACGUCCUGGUGUUGGGCGAGGAGCCCGUGCAGUCCAUUGGCUCCUCCAUUCACAACAAGCUCAUGCGCCUUGCCGAGAAGAUUGAUCUCGAGAGCUGCCUGUCAAUCGGGUGCGCGGGGGCAGUCCUAAUCGAUCUUGAACGGCGAAGGACGACCGAGAACUCAUCUUUCGAAGAAGAGGAAAGCAGGACGUUCCAGUUCUUGGUGAAAUCUAUCGAGAUGAACACAUCUACAGAUACGAUGCUCGUGAACGGAGACUCGUUGAUAUCCCUCCAGAUCCUUCAAUCAGAACUGCAUCCUAACCCACAAACACGUUCCUCAAACAGUUCCGAGCCUAAAGCCAAGGAAGCCCUUUCCAUCACUGGGCUUCUUCAAGCAUUGGCCUCUAGCGCGCAGGGCAAAAAGAGACUCCGGCAAAUACUGCUUCGACCAAGCACUGAUAUCGGGCUGAUCCAGGAACGACAGAGGAGUAUUGAGACUCUUUUGCAUGCCGAGAACAGGGAGGUUGCGAGGAACAUGCGACGGCUGCUCAGGAAACUGAAAAACACCAAAACACUGCUUCUCCAUGUUAGGAAGGGCGUGGACCGGAUCCGGGGCCAGCUGUCCAUUCGCGUUGGAGACUGGAAGGCUUUGCUGAGGUUCGCAAUGGUCUCUGCCCAGUUGAAACGGUCAAUUCACACAUUGAAGGGGGCUUCGGGUAUCGAUGUAUUUGACAGGAUACGCGCCGAAGUCGACGUGAAUCGCUUCCUGCAUGUCGGUGAUAUUAUCAUUCGAACCAUCGACUUCCAGCUCUCCAAGGAGAGUGGCCACACGGAGAUUCUUCCAGGGGCAAGCGAUUACCUAGAUGGACUCAGGCGAGAGUUUGCAAAUGUUUGCCAUAUGCUCCCUGAACUAAAGCGGUCUGUGGUGGAAGAGGUUCCGGCGGAAGCUGGCCAAUUCAUGCUCCAUUGCACAAUCAUGCCGCAGCUGGGGUUCCUAAUCGCGGUCAGGCUUGACCCCGGCACCGGAGAAGGGGUGUACCAUGGCCAAGGUCACCCCGAGGGUGAGUGGUUGAUGUGUUUUGUAAGUGGCGAUAUGGCAUACUAUAAGAAUCAGCUCAUGCUGGACCUCGACUCCCAGUAUGGCGAUCUGCCCUCUCGCAUUGCGGAUGAGGAAAUUGAGGUAAUGAUGGCGCUUUCCGCAGCUGUUUUAGAACAUGAAGAGGCGAUCCUCGGCGCGUCUGAACUUUUCGGAGAGCUGGACAGCAUGCUUGCGCUCGCCUUAGCCGCAGAAAAGUACAACUGGUCAGCUCCUACAAUGACGCCCUUGAACGUGAUCGACAUUGUGGAGGGGCGCCACCCACUCCAGGAGCUACUUGUGCCAUCGUAUAUUCCCAACGACACUACAAUGGCCGGAGGUGACGGCACAGGCUGCUCGGAAGGAGUCAAGAGGCCAGCCCCAUCUAUGCUCAUACUGACCGGGCCAAAUAACUCAGGCAAGAGCGUCUAUAUGAGACAAGUUGCACUCAUCGUCUACCUCGCACAUACUGGUAGCUACGUUCCGGCCACUCGUGCAACGAUCGGGAUUACCGACCGGAUUCUUACUCGCAUUGCCACGAGAGAGACGGUCGUUAGUGAUGAGAGCGCCUUCUUAGUGGAUCUGAAGCAAGCAGCGUUUUCAAUGAACUUUGCAACACGCCGGAGUUUGCUUCUGAUUGACGAAUUCGGCAAAGGCACAACAGCGGAGAGCGGAUCAGCUCUCUUUACAGCUUACCUCACAUAUCUUCUGGAUCUGGGUGUAGAGCGUCCCAAGGUGAUCGGCGGGACCCAUUUUCACGAGGUUUUCGAAAAUGGCCUGCUUCGACCCGGAAAAGAUGUCGCCUUUGCUCAUAUGGAUGUUCACCUCGACCCAGAAGCCGAGGACCCGGAUGAACAAAUCACUUUCCUCUAUCGCCUGCUGCCUGGGCGGGGCACGUCAAGCCUGGGCGUAUUAUGUGCGGCAACAAAUGAUGUCCCCAGCGCCGUCAUCAGCAGGGCCAAAGCCGUUGUGGCCCUGCAGGACAGAAAUGAGAACUUGGUGGAGGCCUGCUCUGGUUUGUCCGAAGAGGAUAAACAACGGCUGGAAGAAGCUGAACUCAUUGCAAGGAGAUUCUUGGAGUUGCAAGUCCCGAAUUCGGGCCGUGGGCAAGGCAAUGGGGCAAUGGUUCGGGACAUGUUGCAAGCGAUGCUAACGCCAGGAGGGGUAGAAACGCCGCGUUCAUGA